AUGACUUGUCCCAAACUGUACCUUGGCUUGGGCACAGAAUGGGACGGGCACGGGAAACAGGUCCCGUGGUUCGAUGUGGAUGUGGAAAGGAAAACGCCUCCCAGCCACGUCAAAUCGGGCGAGAACACCACCACUGAUAAAUUGCAUGCCGAGAAACAAGAUGAUACUCACAUGAUAGAUACUACUGAUGUCACAAACACCAAUCUUUUGCGACUCAAUCUAACUGCUUCACACUGUUUGCCUCAAAAAAGUUUUGUUUUUAUUAAAGUGCACAAGGCAGGGUCACAUAAUACUGCCUGCAUCCUUCAGAGAUUCGUUUGGAGCAACAACCUCACCAUUGUCCUACCAAUGAAUCCGGUAAAGUCAGGGCUAAAAACACAUGAUCUGAACUAUGUAAAUUUGCCCUUCUACCCUCCGUAUGAUGUAAUGCUACACCAUUUACCUUACAACAGAGCCAAGAUGGCUAACGUCAUGCAGAAGAACGUGGUUUUCAUCGCGAUUUUGCGAUACCCUCUCAGUCACCUGAAAUCAAUCUAUAAUUAUCGUCACCUAGACAGGCGUUUUGGAUUACCAUUGGAGGGUUAUCUGAGCAACCCAAAGUAUUUGUUCGGCACGAUUCUGUACAAAACAAGGAACUGGCAGGCUUUUAUGAUGGGCAUACCUCCAGAGUACUCUGGCAACAACAAGAAGGCACAAGCUCGUAUCCUGGAGCUCGGCAAAGAAUUUGAUCACGUGAUGAUUUUGGAGUAUUAUGACGAAUCGCUAAUUCUGCUUAAAAGAAAGCUUUGCUGGAAACUUCAAGACAUCUUAUACGACAAACAAAUUCGGAAUUAUCGUUCGUAUUCUUAUAAGAAAACAGAUAUCCCUGAGAAACUUAAAGAAAACCAUAAACGUUCAAGCGACCUAGACUACAUGUUGUAUAGCUACUUCAACAAAACUCUUUGGAGGGAAAUCUUAAAAGAAGGGGAAGAUUUCCAGAAUGAAGUAGAAUUGUUUAGACGGGUUAACUAUAAAGUAAACCUCUUUUGCAAUUCUCCCGUUAAUUACAGUGACUACGUUAUUGAAGCGACGACCUGGAAUGCAAAGUUUACGGUGGAUCAGACCCUGUGUUCUGAGCUAAAAAUGCUUAGGAUAGACUGGGAUAAGCGUUUCUUUGCGAGACAAGGGAAAGUACCGGAGGGUAUGGGUGCGCACGGUAUGCUUGACCAAUAA